UUCAGAAAGAGGAGAUUAUUGCAACAACCUCGAAGCUAGUCCAAACUAGUGGGAGGUUGUCUGCAAAGGAAAUUAAACAGCCACCAAAUUUCUGAAUCAACCAUAAAUACUCGUAUAUAUAUACAGUCAAACCCUAGAUACAUCGAUUGAUCGAUUGGUCGAUAUGGCUCGUGGAAAGGUUCAGAUGAAGAGGAUCGAGAACCCGGUUCACAGGCAGGUUACUUUCUGCAAGCGCCGGGCGGGACUCUUAAAGAAGGCUAAAGAGCUGUCUGUGCUGUGUGAUGCUGAGAUUGGAGUUUUCAUUUUCUCCUCCCAUGGAAAGCUCUUUGAACUAGCCACCAAAGGAAGCAUGCAAGGGCUUAUUGAGAGGUACAUGAAGAUGAAGCCCACCCGAGUGUCUCAUGCUGAACAAACCGUGGAAACACAGACUUUGGAUGCGAAAAAGGAGAUUAACUUGCUGAAACAGGAGAUUGAAAUAUUGCAGAAAGGCCUCAGGUAUAUGUUUGAUGGAGGUGCUGGGACAAUGACUUUGGAUGAACUACAAGUGCUUGAAAAAAAUCUUGAAAUAUGGAUUUAUCACGUCCGCUCGGCAAAGAAAUUAAUUCGAAGACUGAGUCAUCAAAUUUUACAGAUGGACAUUUUGUUCCAAGAGAUCCAGCUGUUGAGGAACUCGGAAGAAGUUCUGACAGCUGCAAAUAAGUAUCUUCAAGAUAAGAUUGAAGAGAACACUGGAGUUACUAACUUUAUACCAAUGGCGACUGACAAUACAUAUCCGCUAACGAUACCAGAUGACAUAUUUGAGUGUUAGAGAAGCAACUAUGCUUUGAGUAAUGGUUUAGUAUUCUUAUUGCCAAGUGUGGUGUAGUUUAAACAAUUUCAUAAAUAAAUGUUAUUAAGAAUCAUCUAGCUAGCUAUGGCUUACAAUACUGCAUGUAUAUUGUUGUAUUGUACAAUAUGGUAUUGCAACUGAAGCGCAUUGUAAGGGAAUUUAAUGAUAUGCAUAAUAUAAUGGUGUGGUUU